AUGGGCCAUGGAACUGCUGAACUGCAAGGUUGUGUGCUCACAAGAAAGAGCAUGUGGGAUGCAUGGGUGAAUGCAUCACAAGUAUCUCCAUUUUUUAUUGUCCAGUCUGUUGCUCUUGCUAUGGGAAUCCAUUUCAUUGUAAUGGGAAUGAUAGGCAGUGCCAUUAUGAUAAAUUCAUCAUUCAAUCAAGCUGCUCCAAUUUCUUUGAAUGAAAGUUACUGUGGACCAUGUCCUAACAACUGGAUAUGUUAUAGAAACAACUGCUACCAAUUUUUUCGUGAGAGAAAAAACUGGUUUCAGAGCCAAGCUUUUUGUAUGUCUCAAAAUUCCAGUCUCCUGAAGAUAUACAGCAAAGAGGACCAGGAUUUCCUUCGACUGGUGAAGUCCUAUCACUGGAUGGGACUAGUACAAAAUCCAGCAAAUGGAUCCUGGCAGUGGGAAGAUGGCUCCGUUGUCUCUCCCAGUCAGCUAACAUUGGUUGAAAUGGACAAUGGAAACUGUGCAGUUUAUGGCUCAAAUUUGAAAGGUUACACAGAAAACUGUAUGACCCCAAACACAUACAUCUGCAUGCAGAGGACUGUGUAAAGAGU